AUGCGAAUGCAGUGCGUAUUCGAAGAAAAUUGCCUUUAUUUGGACGGGAGAAUUGGUCUCCAAAGUGUGCCAGGGUCAAAGUGGGACGACGAGAAAUUUCAUGUCUUGCACGCUUCAUCUGUAAUGGGAGAGACCCAACAAAGCCGACGCUGCCGUGUGCUUGCGGGUCCUCAACAACUCGCCUUCCUCAACCUGCAUCCGCUGUUUUCGGGCUCUUGGCCAUUGCGAAAUUGGCAAGUCGUCGCAAACUAUGUCUUCGAGAGGCGACACCGCAGACUGCGCUUUCAGACGUUUCUGAGAGUCAAUAUUUUUUUUGUUUGCAGUAUCAUUCUCUACAUUAAACUCCUGAAUGUGAUAAACGUUGGGUACGGGCGCUUUUGGAGGAUUCCGCCCCUCCAAACAAGCACGAACGGACUGCAAAUUGCCAACCGUCGCUGCGUUUCCUGUUGCGAGGAAUUUUCUAUUAGAUUUCUUAGGUGUGGGGUUCUUUGA